CGGCCUGGGCGCUGGCGAAGCGGCAGCCCGAGGCAGUACCUCGGAAGGCAGCGCGGCCUCGAAUUCACAUCCUUUCAGUUUUUCCUUCGGCUUCUCUGCCCGGCUCCGUAAGAAGACAGGAUGCCUGUGGUGAUGCGGCGACUGAGAGAUCCUGACAUAAAUCCUUGUUUGUCGGAAUCUGAUGCUUCUACCAGAUGUAUGGAUGAAAAUAAUUAUGACAGGGAAAGAUGUUCCAGUUAUUUCUUGAAGUACAAAAACUGCCGAAGAUUCUGGAAUUCCAUCAUGAUCCAAAGAAGACAGAAUGGAGUGAAACCAUCUAUGCCCACAGCAGCAGAAAGAGAUGAAAUCUUGGGAGCAAUGGGAAAGAUGCCUUAUUGAAUGUUUGCCCUAAAAUUGUUUAUGUAAACUGGAAGCAGAUAAAUAUUUUUAAUGCACAA